AUGUGCGAGUAUGAAAGUGUGGUUCAAAUGCUACUUUCACGCGGAGCCGAAGCAGACACGCCUACCGGGCAUUUUGGAACCGCGCUUUCUCUAACCGCUUAUAUGGGACUUUGCAACACAUUCAACUCUCUGCUUCAGCAAGGUGCCAGUCUCAACGCAUCGGGUGGAUUCCUCCAGUCGCCUUUAGCAGCAGCAAUUCUAGGAGGUCAUUCGAAAAUUACUAAACACAUCCUAAGCUUGGGACCUGGGGGAAGGCCUGAAGCUCUGUGUUUCGCUUGCAAGAAGGGGAAUCUUCCUGUUGUGAAAGCGCUUCUCGAUUCUGGUGUACAGUCAGCUGCAACACCCGCCGACGGUCAGACAGCAUUGCAACUUGCUCUGGCAAAAUUCAAUUACCUUAGCGUUUCAUAUCGGACACAUGAAGACGUCAUGACUGGUGACGAAGAGGAGAUCUUGAACCUGCUUCUUGACUCCAACACCACAAAAAAGAUUUCCGAUCAAGAUUUAAUUGCUGCGACUCAAAUUCAGGACGACAGCAUUCGAGAGCGAGUUCUCGACAUCAUGAUCUCACGGGCUAUAUCGCCCUACUUUCCAGAAGAAGGCCUUAUUCAACUGCUCCACCAUGAUCGCUACCAUGACCGCUACAAUGAGCACAGUACCAUAGAAAAGCUCUUGCAGGACCAUAGAAUUCAGGAAAUACCGAUUCGGGUGCUACUAGCUGCCGGAAACAUAGAUUCCAUCAAGAUGCUUGUUGCCUAUGACCCCAAAUAUAAUACCGCGCCGGCGGCUUUCGAUGCCACAAUGACCGAAGGAAGGUACGGACCCGAGUUGUGUAUCGAGAAAGUGGUGGAAUUACUUCUUUAUGAGAAUGAAGCUAUCGACGUGUCAGAAUCUGACAUUCUUGCCGCUCUCAGACUAAGAAGUGGAUUUUCUUUUCAAGUUGACCGAUCACACAUCUUGAAGAUAAUGUUCGAAAACAAUCCGGAACUCAGGAUUACCGAAGAAAUGCUCAAAGCUGUGCAGACGACGCAUGAUCUCGAUCUUCUCCUUGCUCAUACCAGCCCAGAGAAAGGUUUGGUGACACCAGCUGUGAUGAGCGCCGUGGCAGAAAGCUGUGCUGAAGAGGCUACUGAAAUGUUACGCAUGCUCCAUGACUUUCAGAAUACCGCAAUAACGAUAGCCGACUUGUAA